ACCAAAAUUGCCUCCAUUUUGAGCCGUUUCGCUGGUUUCCGGGUUUCCGAGAACAGACCGAUAAAAAACGGUGUCAGCGGGGAGGAUGGCUCUGCCUGCGAGUCAGGAGUGCGGAUGAAGUUUUCCUAGACACCGUAAACUGCGUGGAAGUGUCAGUCAGGCGCAUUCAGUGCGGGUUUUUAUGUUGUUACCGCUCGGUUAGCAGCUACCUGACAGCACAGCAGUAAACAAGCUCUGCGCUAACUAGCUAACCGCGGCUAGUUUCUGGUUAACCGACCGUCGCUGGCUAAUGUUAGCUGCAUAACCUGUAUACGUUCCGAGUCUCUGGAGCGUCACGUCAACACUUUUCGUUGUAUUUGUUCAUUUUUUGUCGAACUGCUUUGACAAAGGACUGCCGCCACGGUCGUUUCCAUUCAUGUUGUUCUGGAGGACAGAACUACCGAAGCUCGUCACGUCGGGGAGUUGGUGUGCGCCGACCCACUGCACACAGUGAAGCCGCCAGCCUUAACGUCGCGUAGAGAAGUGCCAUAAGAGGGUCAGGAUGCCCAUUCCUCCCCCGCCUCCUCCCCCUGGACCUCCACCCCCCCCAACUUUCAAUCAGGCCAACACGACCCCCCCCAAACUGAACUCCUCCGAGGCCAAAGGCAGAGGAGCGCUGCUGUCGGACAUCCACAAAGGCGCCAGGCUAAAGAAGGUUGUUGUGAACGACCGCAGCGCCCCGGUUAUAGAGAAAUCUGGCGGCGGUGGCGGCGGCGGCGGAGGAGGAGGAGGAGGAGGAGGAGGAGGGAGCAGCGGUGGAGGUUUUGGAGGUGGAGGACCCAUGGGAAUGGGAGGACUUUUCCAGGGAGGUGUGCCUAAAUUACGCCCAGUUGGAGACGGUCCGGUUGGUGGUUCCCUCGGCAGAUCCGCCCUCAAGCCGCCGGGCUCCCGGCCCGCCGCCCCUCGCCCCCCCACGGGUCGCUCCAGCUCCCCCACCCCGCCCAACAAGCCCGUCUCGUCAGAGCCACAUCGCUCGCACCGCCCGUCUCUGCCGGACAUCUCCCACCCCCCGAACAGCAACUCCCACGGCGGGAUGAAGCACAGCACAUCUGCCCCGCCGCCCCCUCCCCCUUUCAACAGAGGAAACCGCGGCAACGCUCCCCAAGCCCCCGCCUCUAGAGAGAAACCCCUCCCGCCAACGCCACAGAGAGGCCCCGCUCCGUCGAGUACCGCGAAGCCGCCGUCGUCCUCGAGCAGACCGCAGCCCAGCGGCUCUCACGCUCCUCCCCCUCCCCCGCCUUACAGAUCCCACCUCCCAGGGGGAGUGUCCAACGGGCCCUCCGACUUAGACGGUGGGGGGGCCCCCAAGCUGCCGCGGAGAGACAACUCGCUGCGUCUUAAGGGGGGCCGCAGCCAAGCCCCGCCCCCUCCGCCCUCUCCAUCCCCCCAGCAGGUCAACCGGCCGCCGCCGCCCGCCAGAGAUCCACCCGGACGCCGAGGAGGCCCCCCUGCGCCCCCUCCCAUCUCUCGGAAUGGCGGCCGGGAUGCUCCUCCUCCCCCGCCUCCGUACCGCGGCCACAGCUCUGCAGCCUCCGAGCCUCCGAUCCGGGCGGGGAAGCCUCCUCCUCCCGUCUCCUCCUCAGCUUCAUCAUCCUCCAGAACGCCAGCGGGACCGCCUCCUCCUCCUCCGCCCAUCCGGAACGGCCACUCCAGCUCCUCCUCCUCCUCUAGAUCAAUCACAGAUGAAUUUGAGGCCAAAUACACUUUUCAUUCAAUUGAAGAGCUGCCUCCUCCAGAUGAUUACAAGCCCUUCAACAAAGUCUACCCCAGCAAAAGCAACAAAGCUAUGCAACGAGGAGCUCCUCCGGCGCCGCCGGUCAUGAGGUGAACGGACCGGAGCUCGGGACUGAACCCCACGGGCGGUGGAGGGGGGCAGGUGAAGAAGCGCUCAGAUUAGACAUUCCUUACACUAACACUAAAGCAGCAGCCGGACGGACGCCGAACGGCACGCCGACCGGGACGGGAGAACGAGGAGCCCACUCCACCUCAGCCACCCGCCGGCUGAAGCGAUGCCAAGAAAUUCUUUUUGUACUUCAGGACCAAACACACUUCCUAAUCUCUGCGUCAUUCCAGCCGCUCCAGGCGUUUUGAUAACCAUGAUUCUUUGCUUUUUCAUGAAAAGAACUUUUUUUUUUUUUUUUUUUGUGGGGAAAUAAUCAUCACUCGGAAUGGAAACGUUUCCGGCAGACUAACUGUCUUUCUCCAGAUGUUCUGGUGGUUUUGGUUGAUGUUUGGUUGCUGGCCGCCCUGCGUCAGGGGAGAGCUGCAGCCGACGGUGUUUGUGUGCCAAACGCGGCGGCGUCACGAGAACGGUGACGACGGCUUCUCUAUACGUUCCUUAUUUAGCUGAGAUUUUGAGUUUCUCUUGAUGGUGGACGAAGCGCUGAGCUGGGAAUGUUUUUCUUAGUUUUUUUACGUUUGGAGAGGGAACGUUUCCUGAUAAUUUACCUUUAUUGAACUGCUAAAGCAACACUGUGCAUGGUGCUGAUUCGUGCACUCAGACAUCAAGACUUGAUUCACUUUGAUGUAAGACGGAGAACAGGUGAAAAAGCAAAGAAUGUUCUCGGUUCCUGCAGAGCUGGAUUCAGCUGCAGAUCUUCAGACAACUUCACGACUUUAGCAGAGGGUCAGAGGAGCCGAACGUUCAGGAUGAUGUUCAAUUGCUAUGCAAAGGAAGAGUUUGUGUUGAUUGUAGAUAAAACAGGUAAAAAAAACACUUAAGUGCCACAGAAACUGGUAAAGAAUAGAUGGAUGUUUAUUUUUCCAAACGACACGUCAUGACACUAAUCAUAUCCCACUGAAAGAUGCUGUUUGGGGUCGGAUUGCUUAUUCUCAGUGAUGCAGCGCCUCCUGCUGGUCGAUGCCUUACACGUCGUCUCCCUCUUGGUACCAGUGCUUUUAUGUUUUUGUUUUUUUAGGGGGAAUUUGGUGACAAAGUAAAUAAGAAAUGAGUCUAUAUGAAGAUGCAAUAAACAUUGUAUAUUUACACUAAGAAAUAUGGUAAUCAUAGUUAUUGUUCUAUUUUUAUGAUGUAAAAAGUUUGUAAAAUAGGAAAGAAGAGAUGAUUAAGACUUAUAAUGACGGUCCAGUUAGUUUGGUUUGGACGCUCCGCUCCGGAUGUUUGGGGGAAAAGCAGCACGGAUGAACGAUAACACUAACGUCUUUACCUGGAGGCCGGCUCACCUGUCACUUUGGUGUCCUCCAGCAGGAACCCUGUGGACGUUUCAUGCUAAUCAGCCAUGUUUUAUCACUCGAAAUAACUUCAAAUAAACUUUGUCUUCUUGUGGGGGGAAAGCG